GAAUAUUAAAGAGAAUCCUGUAUGUGAGUUUUAGUGAGGCAAAAGCAAUUAAUGGCAACACGAAGAUAUACAUUCGGAAGUUUGGAGGAGGCAAACCAUGGAGAUUCCAUAAGAGCAACAUUAGCUGAAUUGAUAUCAACUUGCAUAUUUGUUUUUGCUGGAGAAGGCUCUGCUCUUGCUCUAACCAAAAUAUACAAAGAUGCUGGAUCAUCAGCUGGGGAGUUAGUUGUACUUGCAUUGGCUCAUUCUUUUUCACUUUUUGCUGCUAUUUCAUCCACAGCUCAUGUUUCUGGUGGACAUGUUAAUCCUGCUGUUACUUUUGGUGCUCUUCUUGGUGGAAGGAUAUCUGUUAUUAGAGCACUAUACUAUUGGAUUGCUCAACUUCUUGGUUCUGUAGUUGCUGCUCUUUUAUUGAGACUUGUCACUAAUAACAUGAGACCGCAAGCAUUCAGUGUGGCAGUUGGCGUUGGUGCAGGGCAGAGUCUCAUACUUGAGAUUGCGAUGACAUUUGGUUUGAUGUACACUGUUUAUGCCACAGCCAUUGAUCCCAAAAGAGGAACCGUUGGAACUAUUGCUCCCUUAGCAAUUGGACUUGUUGUUGGGGCAAACAUUCUAGCUGGUGGCCCGUUUGAUGGAGCAUGCAUGAACCCUGCUCGGGCUUUUGGGCCUGCUUUAGUGGGCUGGAGAUGGCAUUUCCAUUGGAUCUAUUGGGUCGGUCCAUUACUUGGGGCUGCAAUUGCAGCACUUUUAUAUGAAUAUGUUAUACUUCCAACUGUGGCUCCUAAUCCUAAUCCACAUCCACAUCCACAUCAUCAACCUUUGGCUCCUGAAGAUUACUAGAUACUUUAAUUUAAAUAUGUAUUAUGCAUGUAAUUAGUAAGCCUUGUCUUUCUCUUUUUGCUUCUCAGCUUAUCAGUAUGUGUAUGUACUUUUUAAUUAAUAAAGUGUGAGCCCCUAUUCACUUAAUAAAAUCUAAAUCAUAGACCAA